UGUCCACUCACUCUUAUAAAAGGGCCGUUUGAGUAGAGGAUUUGUUUUCAUCUUUUACAUUUAUUUUUCGUGGACUGCAAAAUGACAAUUAGAUCAGACCGGGAUCAUGGUCAACAUUAUCGGCCACGGAUGGCCUGCCUUAAAAAGGUGGAGGCCAUUGUGGUAGAGAUGCAGAACUCAAAGAAUGGAGUCAAAGCAUCAGAACAGAAGCUAAACAUUACAGUCAUUCCCCAUGCCAUGGCCGGUCAGGACAUUCUUGCAUGGAUUGCCAACCACAUGAAGACAACUAACGAAGAGGCUCAAGCAUUUGGCACAAUGUUAGUGGCAUACGGUUACAUCUACCCUCUAGAGGACCACAAAAAGCUUGUCCUAAAAGGAGAUGGAAGUUUGUACCGCUUUCAGACUCCCUAUUUCUGGCCUGUGCAGAAAUGGAAGGCUGAAGACACAGAUUAUGCAAUCUAUCUGGCAAAAAGAAACAUUCGAAAAAAGGGAGUGCUUGAUGCCCAUGAACAGGAAGAAUACAACAAGCUUCACAAAUGGAUGAACCACAAGUGGGAUUUUAUUGUAAUGCAAGCAAAAGAGCAGUACCAUGCUGGGAAGGAGCGUAAGAAGCCAGACAGAGUGGUGUUCGACUGUCAGGAGAGAGCCUACUGGAUAGUCCAAAGGCCUCCACCACGAACUCACAGUGCCAUGGAUUAUGGUGUGGAUCGCCAUAUUGAUCCUAAUACAGAGGAGAAAAAAACCUAUGAUUACUACAGAAGGAUUAUCAUCUACACACAGCAGGCCAUCAUGAGGUCAAGGGUCAAGUCUUCAGUGUCUCUGGGGGCCUUUGUUAAGUAUAUGACAACACGCAUAAACCACGACCCGUUCCUGGUACCCUGUCUCCCAAGCAACCCAUGGCAAACUGAUGAUGACACAUACUGGGAGCUGAACAGGCCAAGUGUUGAAGUUCCCACAAAGAUGACAGUUGAACGCUGGUCCUUUAGCUUCUUUGAGUUGCUUAGUGACCCACGGGGCCGUGCAGACUUCAAGAUCUUCUUAAAGAAGGAAUUCAGUGGUGAGAAUUUGGCUUUCUGGGAAGCCGCUGAGGAAAUAAAAUGGGGCACAGCAGCUUCUAUGUCAGAGAAGGCAGAGACUAUUUUCAAAACGUUCCUGGCCCCAGGAGCACCACGUUGGAUCAAUAUUGAUGGCAGAACCAUGGGUCUUACUGUAAAGGGAUUGGAACAUCCUCACCGCUUUGUACUGGAUGCUGCCCAGACCCAUAUCUUCAUGCUGAUGAAAAAGGAUACCUUUUAUCGCUACCUGAAGUCACCAGUUUACAAGGAAAUACAGAAAAAGGCCAUUUCACCUGAACCACAUAAUUUCUCUGAUGCUCAGCUGGAGCACAAUGCCAGGAACCGCAAGCCUGGCAUCCACCCUAUCAUCAUCUGGCAACAGGAACAGGAAGAGAAAGCCAAGGCAGCAGCUGCAGCUGGACCCAUAGACAUUAAAAAGUUAAUGGCCAACAAAUUAGAUCGCAAAUAGAAAGUUGCAGGCCACGGGUCAGGACAGAGAGCCAUUCUGGAAAAGCUUUACAAAAAUCCUGUUUGCACCCUAACUAAAAAAAAGAGACCCAUAAAAUGGUUUAAUGAUUCUUGUGUGCUCUACAGAUCCAGUACAAAGUAUAGAGCUAAAUUUACACAUGAAACUGGUUACGUCCUGAAAUUAUAUGUAAAUGAAAAUAUGACAAUGAAGCAAAGGGAGGGUGGCACUGAUACAUAAAAUAUGUACAUUUGACAGCUGAUAUAUUUUUGUAGUUGGCUACAUUGGGCAACAAAAUGUCAUAAACACAUUCCUAGUGGGAAUUAUACAUGGAAGACCAAUGUCAUAACUUUUUUUUGGUUUUGACAUCUGCAUGACAUCAACACAGCACUUGCAUUCCAUUUAAUCAGUGUUCACCUGUAUAGCAGUUUCCCAUUUAUAGUGUGAACAUGUUUUGCAUGUGUGUACACGUGUACAAUAGUCAUGGUAAAUGCUCUCUCAUUCCUGCAAUGAAUAUGCAGUGUAUUCAACAGUAUAACAAGAAAAGGCAGCAUGUUCUUUGUUUCAGUGUUAUAUGGCAUUUAUUACAAUACCUGUAGUGUGAAGGAAGCUUCUUUGAAAAUUUAGCUUGCCAAGCUACUAACUACUGAUUAGCUACCCAUUAGUAGUAAAAGCUACUUAAAGAGACAAUAUUUUUACUAUUAAAGUUACUAUGCACUGUAAAUUUACUAUUUAUAUGCAUGCAAUAGUAUGCCAGUGUAGUAUACAAAAGCACAUGUGUAUAAGUAUACAUUUAAUAGGUAGAAGGUAGAUUGUAGGAUAAAUGCUAAAGCAUAACACACACAUACUAUAUAGAGUACUAUGCAAAAGUCUUAGUCACACAAGAUGUUUCACAAAGCAUUUGCUUUAAGAUGGUUAUUUAUAUCUUCAGCUUUAGUGUGUCAAUAGGAAAUAUAAAGGUUAGACUCCCAAACAUUACUUUUGCAAAUAGAAUAGAAGAACAGGGAGCCCUGCAACAAAUGGCAUGGCCCCCACAGAGCAACCACUGAACAUUGAGUCUGUCUGGGAUUACAUGAAGAGACGGCCUAAAUAGAUAGUUCUUCUAUGGCAAAUUCAAGAAUCAUGAAAAAUCCUAUCUGCCAACAACCAAUAAAAACUGUGUCCAGGUGGUGCUGUUUUGAUGACAAAGGUGGUCACAUCAAAUAUUGAUUUAUAUUUUUUAUGUUUACUGGACUUUGUAUGACGUUAAUUGAUAAAUGAAAACUAUUUAUGGAA